AUGAAGGUGGCGGCAAACGUCACGAAAAAUUGGCUGCAACGUCAGCAAGUGCGCUUACAGAAUAUCAAAGUGUGGCAGCGUAGUCGCAAAGUGGGCAGCGGUUUGCUUGAACUGAAAGAAUGGAGUGCUAAGCCAAAAUCGGCAAAACAGCGUAAAAGACAGAUUGGCAUGGUGCGAGUACGAAAUUUAUUUCGGCGUGGUACAAAAAAAGAUUAUGAACAUUCGGGCAGUUUUUUGGAGGCCAUUGGCCCAGUUUUGCUGCUAGCUCAGUUCUUCGCCUUGAUGCCUGUUUGUGGCAUAUUAUCGAAAACUGCUUCGGAGGUGUAUUUUUCGUGGAAAUCUGUGCGCACAUGCUACGCAAUGCUGGUGAUUUUUUGCCUUGGACCGGCCAGCCUGUGCACCAUCGCCUUUGCUUUUCGCGAAAGAUUUAACUUCGAUACAGUGGAAGCGAUCGUCUUUUAUGUUUCAAUAUUUCUAAUAGCAAUGGCAUUUUUUCAAUUGGCCCGCAAGUGGCCGGCGUUAAUGGUGCAGUGGGAGAGUAUUGAGUCCAAGUUGCCGCCGCUGAAAACGGAAAUGCAGAGAGCAGCAUUGGCCCAUCGCAUAAAAAUGAUCACUUUGGUGGCGACUAUGUGCUCCAUGGUGGAACACUUGCUUAGCAUGUUGGGCAUUAUCUAUUAUGUGAAUGGGUGUCCCACAAUACCAGGGCACCCUAUCCGGAGUUUUCUAUAUACCAACUGGUCGCAGUAUUUCUACUUCUUUGAUUACACCGAUUGGGCGGGCAUCUUCGGCAAAGUGUUGAAUGUGUUAUCGACGUUCGCAUGGAAUUUCAAUGACAUAUUCGUGAUGGCAGUGAGCGUGGCGCUCUCUGCACGUUUCCGCCAACUUAACGAGCAUAUGUUGCGCGUAGCUAAGCGGCCAACGAGCGAGAAAUUCUGGAUUGAAAAUCGCAUAAACUACCGUAAUUUGUGUAAAUUAUGUGAAGCAACUGAUGAUACGAUUUCGAUAAUCACACUGCUGUGUUUCUCUAAUAACUUGUUUUUCAUCUGUGUGGUUUUCAUAUCGCAAUUUUUCGGUUUGUUGCCCGUCUCCAACAUAUUGGCCAAUGAUGUGCAUCGAGUCUAUUACACUUGGUUUAGUCUACAUACCCUUUAUUCGGGGAUUAUAUUGCUUCUGAAUACACUGGAAUUUGUUACUGUGGGAUAUUUGGUGUUCAAAUUUGGUUUAAAUUUUCACAAUUCAGGUACAAUAUCUUUGUUUGUGGUGUGCAUGCUGGAGCAUGUGUACUUUUGGCGUUUGGCCAUAAAGUGGCCAUUUAUCAUGCGAGCCUGGCGCCGCACAGAAGAGAUAUUCCUGCGACCGCCCUAUCGUAUAUAUGCGACAUAUAAUAUGAAGGCACGCAUUUACGCAUUAACCUGUCUGGUUAUGUUCAGUGCCAUGGUGGAGCACAGUUUCCUUGUGUUUAAUUCGUUUCAUAAAAGCAAUUUAGAACGCACACAAUGCAAAUACAAUAUCACCUUCUGGGAAAGCCUCUACAGACGGGAAAGGCCACACUUAAGCAAAGUUGUACCAUUUAACUUUUGGUAUUUGCCUGUGGUGGAGUGGAUUAAUUUAACCUUGGCUUACCCCAGGUCAUUUACUGAUGCCUUCAUCAUUUGUGUAAGCGUGGGGUUGGCGUCACGUUUUCAUCAACUUUAUCUACGAAUCGAAUCUGUGCAUAACAAGGCCUUACCAAUGCUUUUCUGGACCGAAGUACGUGAACAUUUCCUUGAGUUGAUACAUCUUAUGCGUUUACUUAACGACAAAAUAGCGCCGCUGAUACUAUUAGCAUGCAGUAAUAAUAUGUACUUUAUCUGCUUUCAGCUGUUCAAUAGUUUCCAAAAUAUCGGCGUUGACCUGAUUGCUGUAACCGCUUUCUGGUAUUCCUUGUUUUUCGCCAUCUUUCGCACCAUUCUUACACUUUUCAUGGCCUCCUCUGUUAAUGACUACAGCAAGCGGAUAUUGUGUACGCUGCGCAGCGUACCAAGCACGUCGUGGUGUGUGGAGGCCCAACGGUUCAGCGAGCAGUUGGCUUUCGACUUAACAGCUUGGUCUGGCUGCGGUUUCUUCUUCAUUACGCGACAACUAAUUUUGGCGAUGGCCGGCACAAUCUUUACCUAUGAGGUGAUGGUUACUGAUGUCAUCAACAAGGGCUCCAUUCAGCAAGUUACGAGCUAUUGCAGGCCGAUUGAGUACGAAGCUGAAAAUGAGUGA